GUUGUCUUUCAACAAGCUAAUUGACAUCUAGCAUGGCGGCCUAAGUGGUUCUAUGCCGCGCGCUUUCAUCCGUCCACUUUACAAUUCCGUGUGCCAAACUUUAUGCAAAUUUUGACCGCGGAAUAAACUUCAGCGUCGGUUUUUAGAAAAUCCGCAAUACUCCCUCUUGCAUCGCUUUUUACCGUCCCGUUAAGCAGCUGGUACAGUGCAAAGCACCACCCACCGGGCACGUAGAAGAGUUACUUGCAUAAAUUUCACGCACACAGCACCGCACUUUACAUAAACGUACAUACACCCGGACAAGAAGAGGAAACGAAAGAAGCGACUGACUCUUCUUGGCUUGAUGAAGGCACAGAUCUGCAACAUGGUUCAACAGUGCGCGGGAUGUGAACUGCCCAUCUCGGAUAAAUUCCUUUUGAAGGUUCUGGAUCGUGUCUGGCAUGUACAGUGUGUCCAUUGCUACGACUGCAAAUGUGCACUCACAAAUAAAUGCUUUUCCCGUGAAGGAAAGCUGUUUUGUAAGAAUGAUUUUUACAGGUACGUUGCUCACAAUCGGUCGAAAUUUCACGUCCGGCAGCUGAGCUUUAGUUUUCGCGAGCUCUGUGGUAAGCAGCCAGACGAUUAAUUCGAUCAUAGUGAAUUGAACGGUCUAACUACCCUGUUCUUACUUUCAAAUCUUUAGGCGCUACGGGACAAAAUGCGCUGGAUGUUGUCUAGGGAUCUCGCCGAACGACAUGGUCCGCAGAGCUAAACACUUGGUCUUUCACGUGAAAUGUUUCAAUUGUUCCAGCUGUAACCGGCAAAUUUUGACCGGUGAUGAAUUGUAUUAUGUCGGAGAAAGUAAAUUCGUUUGUAAAGAGGACUACUACCAAUCACACUUCCAGUCGAAGCAAUCCGGUGAGUGCAAAGGGAAUUGGUUUGUUUAUUAAUAUACAAACGGUUAUUUAAUCUUAAUAGAUCUAAUUUUUGUGUGCAUGUGUACGUUGUGUUGUAUCAUCCACAGACUCGGAUUCCGAAGAGAAAGAUUUAAGUUACGGUUUAGACGAAGACCUAGAUGUGGCGCUAGGCACCAAACGCCGCGGUCCGCGAACGACUAUCAAAGCUAAGCAGCUAGAGGCACUCAAAGCAACCUUUGCCGCAACUCCGAAACCAUCGCGGAACAUCCGCGAAAAACUUGCGCAAGAGACGGGUUUAAACAUGCGAGUCAUUCAAGUCUGGUUUCAAAAUCGACGAUCGAAAGAGAGAAGGCUCAAGCAGCAAGGAGUCGCGCAACCAAACGCGACGCGCGCUGUACGAUCAGGCCGGCGAUCAAGAAGAUCUAGAGGUGAAAACCUUGGAAACGAACCUGCCCCAAACAACGAACAGUCAAUCACCACAUCACAUAUAAAUUACGCAGGUAGGCUUGGAACUAACUAUGUUUACUCUUCUUCCGUGUUGCAGUUUUCUUUCAGGAAAGAAAAAUAAUCUUGCGGUUCCUAUAUUGCACUACACGUUUGAUCGUGUUUUGGACACGGUACGCUUUCACCUGACAGGCGACGUGGCGGAAAAUAUCGCUGAAAUUUAAAUGGAUAGCGCUCUCGAGUUUGUAUUUAGAAAGCACUCGAAACCUCUUCAACCUGAUAACCAGCUAAAGAUCACAUGACAAUCUACCCUUGUGAACUGAUGUGAAAAAACUUGCUCAGUUGCCCUUAGCGAUGGAGAAAUUUCUCAAGAACGUUUUAAUCAGCGCUCCAAGAUCGUGUCCCCAAGAAAGCUUCCUGAUUGCUUAGUCAUUGUUGCAGAUAACUCAGGGGCAAACCAUUAACCGAGCGUCGUACAACUGAAACUAAAAAAUGUUUCCUCAAAUUUUGGCAAGUGAUCAAAAGAUACUAAAAAUCACGAAUUUGAAUAACUCGAAACCAGCAUAUCAACCUCCCAUUGUUCUAAAAGGUAUUAUUCAACCAUUUUGCCUGUCUUACAUUUUUAGCACAUUUAUGAGAACCGACAGCUGCAGCAACAAAUUUCGUGCAGAAACAACGAAGCUUUGACACAAAAUGCGCUCAGCUAAAAAUAGCGUUCAACAUGCAACAUGGAAAGCCUCACAUCCAACGCAAGUUGGCAGGAAAUGGCGAAAUGGAAAUGUUAUUUAUCUCAAGUUUUGUUUAGUGAUAAGGGAUCUACUGAAAAAAAAAUUGUGCAUCCCUUCUUUCUAAAACUGAUUUUGUAUGUACUAACUCAGUUGAGGCAUUACAAGAUUUCACAAGCCUUCGUAUGGUGUUUCAUAUGAAUUGGGCCUUUCACAAUUCGCGAAAAUUUGCGCUGUACGAUGAUUUUCUAAAGAUUUCGGGUUACUUGUAAAACAAACUCCCCACUGUUAAAACCUUCCAUUCUUUAAUAAUUCAGAUGGUUUGGCAUUAAGCUUUUGGAAGUCAAAAGAUAUUCCCAUCAAAAAGCCCCAUCUUUCCAAUCAAACGAAAUCUCUAGGGGACAAUUUUAAUUCGUUUUUCUGCGGGAGCGAGAACAGAUUUUUCAAACCAUACUUUAACGAAAAUUUUCUAAGGGCAGCGAGGUAGCGCUUGUUUUGUUAAUAAUUCGACUCAAGUGGAGGUCAGACCAUUAAAUUUCAACAACGAUCCCAAAACUGAAAUCCGACUGUCUGGACUGAGCUGAAUAUUACUCGAUAGAUUCGCGAGUAUAAAUUAUCCAAGACAAAAAGUAAUGUCGGUGUUGGAGAAGACAGAAUUUUGGAAUACCUAUCGGAUAAAAAAGGAAAUUUUUAUGGAUGAAAACCAAAGGAAAUUAAGGAAGGACUUUAUAAUUCACCGAUGAAUAUCGACAUUUGACUUUUUACCACCAAAGCGACUUUAGUAUGAAUUCAUUUUACGUAUAUGCUAUAAUUUUCCUGUGAUGUUUCGUUCACUUUUUCUUUUCCACAAUAAUCACGAGAACCGAUAUCAGUGGAAUAUUCUCCGUCAAAUAUCGUUACGUCUCAAUAUAAAAGCUCGCAUUAAAAUUGGGAAAAUUCUGGUUUCUAUAUUGUUUUAAUAUUUGACAAAUACGUCAAAAUAUACAUUCAUAUCUGCAUAUUUUGGAGUGUUGUAAGGUUCGCUUUUUUUUGAAAAAAUAUCUUUGUACACGUUAAGUGGCUUUUAAGGCGGUUGAAGAGGCACAAUAUUAAAGCAUAUCCGAUAAAAUGCCGCCUUCUUUUCUCAUCUAAUGGAAAAGGAAUCCUGAGUUUAAGCCCACUUUGGUUUGGCUCGUGCUAUCUCUUCAAAACCACAAUGAGUUUGUUUUUAAAUAUAAUUCAACAGAAAUGUAGAUUAAGAGAACUUUGUGAGGUAUUCCGUGUUUCAUUCUACAGAUAAGGCGUUUUUAAUGCGAAUUUAAGGUUUGGUUUUAUCACAGGAUAAGCUUAUUUGUUUGACUUUUCUCACGUUUUAUUUAUUUCUUUCCUACGUUUAGCUUCUCAAAGUGCACACUUUCCGGCGACGGCCUUUGAUGAGUUUUACAUGAAGGGUGAUGCUGGGUUAGCGAGUGAAGUUCCCACGACAAUGGAUAAUUCUCAAAUGAUUCAGAAUCCUGGAUUUAACAACCAAGGAAUGAUUCCGGUUAAUUCUGUCAGUCUGGAUAACAGCACGGGAAUACAAAUGAACCAUUGUGGUGUAGGUCAGAGCCCGAAUGGUGGACUUUACGACACUUCUGCCACAAGGCAACAAAACACAAUACCUUCUACAGCCGAGGUUUGGUGAAAGCAUCAGUGAUUCAAAGGAUUCAUUCCCGAAUUGUAAAGCUGCCAAUGUAUUGUAUAGAGAGAAAAAGAAAGAGUUAUUUAAUGCAUAGGAACAAAGCUUGCUUUCUCUUUGAUAGUCUGCUUCGAGUUACCGGGAAUCCGUGUAAUCUGCUGAAAACAAAAAGGAACAAACCACCUCUAGUCUAAGUGGCGUACUAUUUUUAUUCAAUCUGGCAAACCAGACCGAGCAGAACACCCAGUUAUCGUUUGAUCAAUUAAAAAUGCCGCUCGAGAGUUCGCCAAGCCAUUAGGAAAGAUUAAGUAAAUAAAACAGUUUAUUGCCUUGGGGCAUUCAGCAACAACCAUGUUAUCUACUCAACUAGAAACACACACAGGCUGCAAGGAAAAAGGCCAAAUAUACAUGAAAUUUUAUCACGAGUUAUCAGUUGAAAUAUGUUGUAAUAUAAAGCGAUUUGAGAGACGAAAAAAAUGUAACAUAAGAGAUUGUUCCCUUGAGGAACUUGUGUAUGAAAUUGUGAAUGUUUUACAAAGCUAUUUUAUAAUUUAAGUGUGAGCUAAUUCAACCGACCGACCUCAGAUGCUGAGGUACAUAUAAAGUUAACAUCCCAUGCCAAACACUAAGCAUAAAACAUACCGAGAUAGUUACAGUGUUAGAAAGAGGAAUUUAAUCACUUUUCUGAGACAUAGAUAAUAAUAAUAAUAAAAAUGAAAUUAUUAUGCAACAUACUGUUUGUUCUAAAAACUUGUGAGUUGAAUUCAGACGAAAUAAAGACUGUUAGUCAACAGGUG